AUGACUACUCAACAUUCAUUGAAAGAUUUUAACAAAGUUCGUCGUCAGUUGGAAGAUUUCCAAAAAAUAUUCGACAAUUAUUAUUCUAAUAAUAAAAAUUUUUUAAUCCAAAAUCAAAAAGAUUAUAAUUCUACAAUUAUUGAAUUAAAUUCCCAAAUCUCUCAAUUACAAAAUCAACUAAAUGAAUUAACUACCAGAGAAAAACAGUUGAAUAUUGAAUUUGAAAAUUUGAAAUCACAAAAUAUUGAAAAUAAGAAAAAUAUAAAAGAAUUAAACAAUGAAAUUGAUUUGAUGACAACUAAUAAAACAAAACUUUUAAAUGAUAUUGCACAAUUGAGAGAAAUUAUUGGUAAGACAAAGAAUGACAUUAUUGGUAAGAAGAAAUUUAUCAAUCUUCAACAAAAUUUAAAUACUACUCAAUUAAAUUUAUAUCAAUCUUUAUUUGGUAUGAAAUUUGAGUCUGAGGCAAAUGGUAUUUUGAAAUUGAUCUUUACCAAUUUUGAUGAAUCUAAUAUGAACAGAUCGGUUACGUUAUCAUUGGAUGUAUCUGAUGAAACUUUUAAAAUUUUAGGAACAGAACCUCAAUUUAAUCAACAGGGUGAUAAUAAAUUAUACCAAAAUUUAUUAGAUGCAUUAAACGAUUAUAAUAAUUCAAAUGACUUGACAAAAUUUAUUUAUAUCACUAGAAAUAUCUUAAUUGCAAAUUACAAAGCUACUUAG